AUGUCCAAGCUUGUCAUCAAGGUGGAGACCAGUCCUCCCACUCUCUUGGUCUACAUGCCCACCACCGAGUGCAUCCCCCGCUCUGGCUUCAUCAUCAUCACCACCACCCACCCCACCCCCACCUGUGCAGCCAUGACCCAUGUGCCCCUCACCAACUCUUAUACCACCUCUCCUAAGAUUGACAAGCCAGUGACAACCGUCACCUCUGGUAGGAAAGUGACCUCAUCCAUGAUCUCUGCUUCCACUGUUGCCAAUGUGGGGGACACAACCACAGAAAUGUGCCCUAGAGACAAGUAUUCCAGUCACAUCUUCACUCUCCUCCUCCGUAUUCACCAGCAGUGCUGGUUCCUCACAGAUGGACAGUGUGCCAUCGGCUCCAACCAUCACCCCUACGCUCCAUACGACAGCAGAGUCCACCCCAGCACCCACAACCACCACCACACUCACAGCUCCCCCACAUCUGCAGAGCCACCUCCUCCUCCUUCAGCAGUGACUGCAGCAGGCCAGUCCCCCUCCCCCACCUCUGCGGCCACAUUUACUGGAGACACCACACUGAAUCCCACCACAGACCUUCCUACGGAUUCUCUCCUGACGGAAAUCACCACAACUCCUCUGAUCCCUUCUUCGGGUGCCCCCACAGAUGCGUGGCUUUCUGGGGUAUCCAGCAUCUCCCCUCCCAUGAGCACCUCUGUGUUGACAUCACUCAUAAGCAGGAUUCUUUCCUCUACAUCUGCCCCAAGCACGCAGUCUGUCACCCCUGGCAUGAUACACACCACCCCUUUAUCUACCUUAACGACGACAGCACUUCCGGCUACCGAUGCCACAUCUACAGUGGUGUCUCAUGCCAACUCUCCCAGCUUUCCAAGUACCGCUGUUGGAGACUUCACAUCAGAUAUCACCUCUCCUACAGCCACCACACAUGCACUGAUGCCUGACCCCUCCGUCACGCCCACCUGGACCUCUUGGCCCACCUCAGAAACAGCCGGAUCUGCUGCCACACACUUGGUCACCACAGCUCCCCUGGCGUCUUCUCCCAGCAGCCCUAGCCUCACAACAGCCUCAGACACUUACUCCACUCGCAGAGCACCCACAGCCGCUACCUCCUCACAUCCCGACAGCCCUGGUGCUAUGGAGACACUCCUGUCUACAACGCUGUCUUCUUCUGGUGCAGGCCCCUCCACAGUUGCAGCCACAGCUCUCUAUUUCUCAUCUACAGGCACCAGUGGCUCCUCCGCUACGGCAGUCACCACCUCCACCCCUGCAGAUUCCAGUAUGUCCACCACCCACACCACUAGGACCCCAUCUUCCCUUUUCGUCAAUAACACAGAAGGAACAACGCCGAUGAGUACACCCCAUACCACCACCCCACGUGUAGCAGCUACUUCUACAAACACUGGAAACACCCAAACACGGUCUCUUGCUGUCACCGUUCCUGCCACAACUACACCCCCCACCUCAGUGGCUGAUGUCAGUUCUGGGAACACCGAAAGUACACCUUCAGCUCCGAGCAUCCCUCAGACACUCCACAUGACAGCUGAGUCCACCCCAACACCCACCAGCACCACAUCGACAGAAACACCGUUAACUACCGCCACCCUGAUUCCUACCACAGACCUUCCCACAGAAUCUCUCAGCACAGAAACCACAGCCACUUCCCAGAUCACGUCGACAGUCACACCCUCAGAUCCACUGACUUUUGGGACAGCAAGCAUCUAUCCACCGGUGAGCACCCAAGUGUUGGCUUCACCCACCACUACUGCUUUCUCCUCUGUGUCUAUCUCCAGCUCGCAGCCAAUCACCACUGACGUCACACACACGGCCCCCCUUAGCCACCUUGGAGACCACAUUCCCAACUACCAAAGCCUUGUCUACAGGUACCUCUCAGGCUGCCCUCUUCGGUUCUUUCACCAAUGCCGUGACAUUGUUGCCAUCAGGGAGCUCCUCUCCUUCCUCCAUCACAGACACACUGGCCCCUGCCACGUCUGUCGUUUCCACCUGGCCUUCAUUACCCACCUCAGAAGCAGUCAGGACUUCUACCACACCCUUAGUCACCAUGGCUGCCCAGACCCCAUCUCUCAUCACUCACAGCUCCACAGCCUCCAGCAUCUACUCCACAGAUAGGCUCUCCACAACGCCUACCACUUCUGGUGUGACGGACACGAUUACACCCACAGCCCUGGCUUCACCCACUAUGGACGUCUCUACCACACCAGUUACAGCUCUCCACACCUCUCCUACGA